AUGAAGUCGAAAUACCUUGUUCAGGAUCACUUCACUCAUUUCCUACUUGACGAUACUCAACGAGAACCGACGCUUUAUUGCAUGUCUGGUCUCACCACACUAGCCGUAUAUCCACGUAAAGGAAAACGGGUAGCCUCAAUCUCUUUGGACUCCUCCUAUGAAACUCGUCUGACUGCCGCUUGUCUGAUGCGUGGUGUCGAAGGUGUCUACGUAACUGAUGAUAAAGAAGUCUUUCCAAUCUACUUCUAUCGGGAAAAGCGAUUCUUCGACGCUGGAAAUCCCAUAUCGCUGCCUUCAUUUGACCACUUAACGUCUAUUCUCAUGGAACACGAUGGGAUGAUUCUUGGCAGUGGCUCUGGUGGACUGCUUCACUUAGCGUUUGAUCCAGAAAGGAAAUACGAUCACUUCAUCAUAGCCAGCAGUCUCAUGGCUCAUCCAUUUUCUCACGGUCCCAUAAAUGAUCUAAAGAUUCUUUCAACAGAGGACACCUACCUAGCUCUACACUGUUCUGACACUGAAGUUGUGAUAUCGGAACGAGAUCUUGAUCGUUGGCAUCGGGUCACCUAUCACUCGGGUGGUGCUAUUUGCCUUGCCAGUACGCCAUUUUCCCUCGAUCAUCGUGGUGCAUUUGCCGUCACCGGUAGUAAGACCUACGUACGAAUCAAGGCGUUGCACUACACUGAAGGUAACUACUUCCUAAAUCUAAUAACUUGUUAUGAGUAUUUUUUUGAGAUAACCUCGUCGGACUUGCACGAUUUGGGACAAUCUCGAGUGACCGACGAGAGCGGCAAAGAUGUCGAGGUACUCAAUGUGAGUCUUGAUCCAACUAUGGAAUGUCGCCCACUUCCCUGUAAACUACGAUACUCAGUUGGAUAUGCCGAUAAAGCGAUCAGGACCUAUGUUGCUCUACUGACUGGGCAGCACGAAUUCACCGUGUCAGAAAAGUUUAUUGCUCAAAUCGAACCUCUUCAUUGUGUUUCACUGAUGAUCUGUUUCCAUGGACGUCCGAUGGGGUGCUAUGCGGCCAGUGGAAAAACCUUACAAGUUUGGAAUGAUCUUGAUCGCCAUCAGCAGAAGAAAAAUGAAAGUGAACGGAUGGAGCUGAAGAAGAUGGAGGUGGCAAUUUCAUCAAUGGCUCGAGUUGAGGGUCGUUCCUGUUACCUUCUGCUCGGCUACAAAGACAGCCGAGUACAGAUUUUUGAAGAGCGCGGUAAAGGGACCGGUAAACUUGACUCGAUUGGCUGGAUCGAUGAAUGCCAUCCAAACAGCGACAUUCGGCCCGUUACCGUUCUUCGAGCCCGUGUUGAUCCACUUUCGUCCGGCGAUCGGCUUUUCAUACUUUCAAUGGCCGGCCCAUCCAUAUUCAUUCAUUCUGCGCUGAUAGAAGCCGGAAAACUGGUCGAGCUCAUCUUUGUUCUAGCCACUGAACAUGAAAUGGCUAGCCCUCGGUCGUUCGAGAUGCUCGAUUCCAGG